UAGUAAGAAAGUUACUAAAACGACAUCGUUGUAGAUAUCAAAUCGCACGAAGGACACGAAUUUUACGCGGCACGUCGCUUUCAGACAACACCAAUAAUAACAAACUCUCCUCCAGCUUUUCUCGCCGCCCGCCGCUUGCUGGCUAACACUUUACACUCCGCCGCACACACCACCGCGCUUUUUCUCUCUCCAUAUCUUUCAGCACUUUCUCUCUUUUCACUUUCUACACGCUGCUUGUAGGAAAAUAAAAUACGCACUCAGAAUAGGAAAAUAAUAAUUUCUUCAACAGUCAAGGGAUAUACUUUUUUGACUGUUGCUGAAAACGCAGUCGUUUUUGGUUGAAUUUUGAGAUAAAAGAGUUUUGGUUCGCGUGAAGGUUGAGUUUUCAUUUGAUUCGAAGAAAGAAUGGCGGUGGAGUAUAGUUGUUGUGGGACUAAUUUCUUUAUACAUAUUGUGAUAAUAGUGUUGCUUGUGAUGUUUGCUGGGUUGAUGUCUGGCCUAACUUUGGGACUCAUGUCUAUGAGUCUUGUUGAUCUUGAAGUUCUCGCCAAGUCUGGAACUCCUAAGGAUAGCAAACAUGCUGAGAAGAUAUUGCCAGUCGUCAGAAAUCAGCAUCUGUUGCUAUGCACUCUACUGAUAUGCAAUGCUGCAGCCAUGGAGGCGCUUCCAAUUUUUCUUGAUGGUCUGAUAUCAGCUUGGGGUGCUAUUCUGAUUUCAGUUACACUGAUUCUUCUGUUUGGUGAGAUAAUUCCACAGUCCGUUUGUUCACGACAUGGUUUGGCAAUAGGUGCAACCGUGGUUCCAUUUGUCCGUGUUCUUGUUUGGGUCUGCUAUCCUGUUGCUUUUCCAAUAAGCAAGCUAUUGGACUAUUUGUUGGGCCAUGGACAUGUAGCACUCUUUCGCAGAGCUGAGCUGAAAACACUUGUAGAUUUGCAUGGCAAUGAGGCUGGAAAAGGUGGAGAAUUGACACAUGAUGAGACUACAAUUAUUGCUGGGGCACUGGAGCUUUCUGAGAAAACAGCAAGUGACGCUAUGACUCCUAUAUCUGAAACUUUUGCCAUUGAUAUUAAUGCUAAGCUUGACAAGGAUUUGAUGGGUCUAAUACUGGAGAAAGGACAUAGCAGAGUACCAGUUUAUUAUGAGCAACCUACAAACAUAAUUGGGCUCAUUUUGGUCAAGAAUUUGCUGACAAUUCAUCCAGAGGAUGAAGUUCCUGUUAAGAGUGUCACUAUACGUAGGAUUCCAAGGGUUCAAGAAACUUUGCCAUUAUAUGAUAUAUUGAAUGAGUUCCAGAAAGGUCACAGUCAUAUGGCUGUUGUUGUUAAGCGGUGCAGCAAGACUGCUGAACAAUCUGCUAGCAGCCCUGCUAUCAACUCUGCUGACAAUUCAGCAAGAGAUGUGAAGAUUGAUGUUGAUGGUGAAAAGGUACCACAAGAGAAGGUUUUAAAAGGCAAAAGAUCGCUGCAGAAGUGGAAGAGCUUUCCCAACAACAGUUCAAAAAAUCUUCACCGAACUAGUUCUAGGAGCAAGAAGUGGACAAAGGAAAUGUACUCAGACAUUUUGCAGAUUGAUGGCAGUCCACUGCCAAAGCUCCCUGAGGAAGAGGAGGCUGUUGGCGUUAUCACAAUGGAAGAUGUCAUUGAAGAACUUUUACAGGAGGAGAUCUUUGAUGAGACUGAUCAUCAAUUUGAGGACUCAUGACACAUGCUUUGAUGAUAGCCUACGUGAAUGUAGGAUAGCAAGAAAUUUGUUGAAUUUGUUUUGGAAGUUAGUAUCGUUGGGAUUCAAUUCAAAUGUUGUUGUUAAAUAUCAUAUGCGAUUUGCUAGAACGAAGUGAGAAGGUAAUUUUAGCAUAUGUUUGGAUAUGUUAUAAGAGAGCUUUGUAAUUAGAUUUACUGGAGAUGUAAAAGAUUUGAAGAAAUGUUGGUACAAUUUGGAUGCAUCAUUUUGCAGAAACUCUCAGGAGGCUGGGGAAUGAAAUUAAUUACCUAGAAACAUAUUGUGGGACAAAAUAUCUUACAUGGUUUCUCUAUUUGGAAA